ACCAAUGAAAAGGUGGGAGUGCCGAGCCGUGUGCGCCGAUUGGUCGCUCUAACACUAAGGCGACCACGGAAGAGCCUCCAACCCAGGGUAUUAGGGGCCAGUCUGCAUCUGUCCCUUCCACAAUGGUUAUUCCUCAACACAUACAGGACAAGAUGUACCACCCUCCAGAUGACCUGCGAAGGGAUGCUCAUGUGCCCAAUUUUAAUUCCUAUCUGUCCCUUUACAAAAAGUCUCUGGAGAAUCCGGAAGCUUUCUGGAAAGAGGUUGCUGAAGAGUUCUUUUGGGAAAAGCCAGCGACAGGACCAAUGUUGCAGUAUAACUUUGAUGUGACAAAGGGGAACAUUUAUGUGAAAUGCAUGGAGGGGGCCAAAACCAAUAUGUGCUACAAUGUCCUGGACAGAAAUGUGAAGGAAAACAACCUUGCUGAAAAGAUUGCAUAUUACUGGGAGGGAAACUCACCGGACCACCAUAUGGCCAUCACCUAUAGUGACUUGCUGAAGCAGGUGUGCAGGUGUGCUAAUGUCCUCAAAGAGAUGGGUGUGAAGAAGGGCGACAGGGUGGCCAUCUACCUUCCUAUGAUACCGGAACUGGUCUACACAAUGCUGGCCUGCACCAGGAUCGGUGCUGUCCACUCCAUCGUGUUUGCUGGUUUCUCCUCCGAGUCUCUGUGUGAGAGGAUCACGGAUGCCCAGUGCAGUAUCCUGGUGACAGCGGACGGGGUGUACCGAGGAGAAAAGCUAAUCAAUCUGAAACAGAUCGCGGAUGAGGCCCUGGAGAAGUGCAGGGAUAAAUCAUCACCUGCCGUCACCAAAUGCCUUGUCGUCAAGCACCACGCGACGACAACCAAGAGCGGCGUCGCUUGCAACAAACUACAGACCCCGUGGGACCCGGAGUGCGACGUGUGGUGGGACGAGGCCAUGAGAGACACCCCUGAGGACUGUGAACCUGAGUGGUUGGAUGCCGAAGACCCCCUGUUCAUUCUCUACACCAGUGGUUCAACUGGAAAGCCCAAGGGUGUUCUCCACACGGUAGCUGGGUACAUGCUUUACACGUCACUGACCUUCAAGUAUGUCUUUGAUCAUCACCAUGACGACGUGUACUGGUGCACGGCUGACAUCGGCUGGAUCACCGGACACUCCUACAUCACCUACGGCCCGCUUGCCAACGGCGCCACCAGCGUGAUAUUUGAAGGUAUUCCCGUCCACCCUCACGCGGGCCGGUUCUGGGAGAUCAUCGAGAAGUACAACGUGACCAAGUUCUACACAGCACCCACGGCCAUCCGCCUGCUGAUGAAGUAUGGAAAGGAACCCCUGCUCAAGUAUGACCUUUCCAGCCUGAGGAUUCUGGGUACCGUCGGCGAGCCGAUCAACCCGGAGGCGUGGCACUGGUACCACGAGGUGGUCGGUCAGGGCAGGUGCCCCGUGGUCGACACUUUCUGGCAGACCGAGACGGGAGGUCAUGUGUUGACUCCGCUGCCCGCUGCCACACCACUGAAACCAGGCUCUGCCACAUUUCCUUUCUUCGGGGUGGAGCCCACCAUCCUCAACGAACACGGAGAGGAGCUGGAAGGCGAGGCUGAAGGCUAUCUGGUGUUCAGAAGACCCUGGCCAGGCAUCAUGCGUACCGUGUACCGAAACCAAGAGCGCUUCGAGAACACGUACUUCAAGAAGUUCCCUGGCUUCUAUGUGACCGGGGACGGCUGCAGGCGCGAUAAAGACGGCUACUACUGGAUCACAGGGCGGAUAGACGACAUGCUAAACGUGUCAGGGCACCUGAUGAGCACCGCAGAGGUGGAGGCGGCUUUGACGGAGCACGCAGCCGUGGCGGAGGCUGCCGUCGUCAGUCGGCCUCACACAGUGAAGGGAGAGUGUCUGUACUGCUUUGUCACUCUGAAAGACCACAGAGAGUUCAACCACAGCCUGGCGGAGGAGCUCAAGGGACUGGUGAGAGAAAGAAUCGGACCAAUCGCGACACCAGACUUCAUCCAGAACGCUCCGGCGCUGCCCAAAACUCGCUCAGGGAAAAUCAUGAGGCGAGUUCUGCGGCAGAUCGCACGCAACGAAAGCGACCUGGGCGACCUUUCAACUCUGGCCGACCCCAAAGUGGUGGAAGUGCUUUUCAGCCAGAGGUGUCAGGCCACGUCUUAAGCGAGGACGUCUCUCUGGGUCUACAAAGACAUAAGAUGGGGCGGACGAACUAAAAUGUCGAUCCGCUGGUCCGUGACGAGGCCCCUGGAUUUUCCAUGAACUCUUUGGACUGGGAUCAGAAAAAAAGGGACUACUGAGUUUGAGGUGUAGGGGGAGGUCUUUCAGAAGGGCAAAAUAAUGUCAAAAAAAAAACUCAGAGACAGUUGAUGAUUCUGUUAAAAACAGCUCAAGUGUUGUGCUCAGUUUCUGUUUUCUAGUUAAAAUAGCAUGAAGCUGUCCAUUUACAGUAUUGUUUGACACAGAAAUGGUGUUGAUUAGAUUUGUUGUUAGUCCAGAAUGUCAGACGGUGAAAAAGUCAUUCAUAUCUGAAUCACAGUCCACUUUAUUGGCCAAGUGUACCUCUGCAUAUGAGGAAUUUGACUCCCAACGCACAGCUUCUAGCACUUGCAGACUCACACACACACACACACACACA